ACGGUGUGUCGGCUGUGCUACCGUCUCAUACGCCACGUGCAACAGGACUAUCGCAAGAACCAAGAGCAUGUGGCCCACUGGUUUGGGUUUAUGCAGAGCCAAAUAGGCUACGACAUACUAGCAGAGGAUACCAUCACCGCACUACUCAACAACAACAAGAAGCUUCUGGAAGCCAAUAUCAAGGAGAAGGUAGGGUUCGUGUGCGGGUGGGUCUGA